GACAGUGUAGCGAGUUCAUAAGAAAACAAAUCCGCAGCGUUCGGGGCGGGGCCUCAAGCGCGCUGGCACCGCCCCCUGACGGCCAGCUUGGCAGCGGCGGCGACGCCGCCUCAGACCAGACGUCGAGGAGGAGGGAGGGCUGCCGGUGUCGACAUGCUGCUGGAGGAGGUCCGCGCCGGCGACCGGCUAAGCGGGGCCGCGGCCCGAGGCGACGUGCAGGAGGUGCGCCGCCUUCUGCACCACGAGCUGGUGCACCCCGACGCCCUGAACCGCUUCGGCAAGACGGCGCUGCAGGUCAUGAUGUUCGGCAGCCCCACCAUUGCGUUGGAGCUCCUCAAGCAAGGUGCCAGUCCCAAUGUCCAGGACACCACCGGCACUACUCCAGCCCACGAUGCAGCACGCACUGGAUUCCUGGACACCCUGAAGGUUUUGGUAGAGCAUGGUGCUGAUGUCAACGCGCCUGAUGGCACUGGGGCGCUCCCCAUCCAUCUGGCAGUGCGAGAGGGCCACACGGCUGUGGUCAGCUUCCUGGCUACAGAGUCUGAUCUCCAUCACAGGGAUGCCAGGGGGCUCACACCCCUGGAGCUGGCUCAGGGGAUAGGGGCUCAGGAUCUCAUGGACAUACUGCAGAGGCACACGGUAGUACUGCUGUGACCUGGGGCCACCCACUCCAGCAACCGGACCCAGCAGGGUUCUGUGUCAAAAGAGGAGGGAAGAAACACUUUCUCCGCUCACUUCUGCCCACUGUCGAAAGGGGAGGGGCACCAGUUUGUGGCUUGUUGGUGUUGAUUUGCGGGGGGGGUGUGUUUGAGGGACAUUUCUCAUUUGUUUUUCUCACCCCUUUUGAUGUGUUGGGCGGAGAAGGGCUCCUGCAGGCAACAGCCAUCUAAACGGUUCAGUUUUCUCUGCGCCUCGGAUUGCUGGGGCUGCAGACGCCCAAGGGCAGAGCGUUUAAAGCCCCAGCCCCAGAGUGAGGUCAUCACUUCCAGGGCUCCUGGAACCUGGCGACCUUGGCUGGCUGUACCCAGAGAGAGACCUCAAGUGUGCACACUGCUUUCAGGCAUGGGGGAGGGGGGAGAGUUUCAAAUCAAUAAAAGGAUAGUAUGAGUUCAUUCAUAUUUUGUUGGAAGCUUGUUUUCCAGUCUCUUGUACAGCGUUAAAAAAAAGAGAUUCUAUUUAUUAAGCUUUGUGGAAAAAAAUUGUUGUGUGAUAACUUAAUGUUUUUACCCAUUAAAUUAAGACUUGUGCAUGAUCACA